AUGAGCUCGUCAUCGAGCCUCGUCGAAUGCCCGAGCUGCCAACUCAAGCUGCCUCUCUCGCAGCUCAAUCCACACCUCGACACUUGCCUCUCCGGCGGACAGCAUUCUGGCAGCAGCAACGAGAGGCCAGUCAAGUCGGAACAAUGGAAUGGCAUCUUUCCGAGUCGAACGCCGGACAAGAUGUCAGCAACAGCUGCUUCGCCUCGCGGCUUGAAAAGGCCGACAGAGUCUCCUAUGCAGGCCCCUCAGCACGCCAGCUACGCAGCACCGCCGGGCGAUGACAGCACCAAGCGUCAUAGAUCAGAGUCGAACGGAAACGGUCACAGUACACCGAAUGCAGACCAUCAAGUGCAGCAGUCCGUGCCAUCGUCCUCACGAAGUCGCAUCGAUGCAGCGAAACCAUUCGCGGAGAGGAUGCGGCCUCAGACUCUCGAAGAGUACGUUGGCCAGAGCGAGGUCGUCAAUGGUCCGCUCAAGAUGCUUCUGCGACAGGGCAAGAUCCCUUCUAUGAUCCUUUGGGGUCCACCUGGCACAGGCAAAACCACUUUGGCUCGACUUCUGGCCAAGUCUGCCUCGCACACGACGUCGUCGACCUCAUCGUCACACGGCCCACCCCCGCAUCGAUUCGUCGAGAUCUCAGCUGCAAAUUCAGGCACCGCCGAUGUCAAGAAGAUCAUGGACGAAGCGUUGCAUCGCCUUCAGCUCACCGGUCAACGGACGCUGCUUUUCAUUGACGAGAUCCAGCGCUUCAGCCGAGCUCAGCAGGACGUCUUCUUACCCGCAGUGGAAAAGGGGCAGAUCGUGCUGGUCGCCGCCACCACCGAGAACCCGUCCUUCCGCCUGCAAAGCGCGCUGAUCUCGAGGAUGCGCGUCUUUGUGCUGACCAAGCUCAGCGUCGACGAGUGCAGCCAGGUGCUUCGCAACGCUCUUAAAUGCGUCCAGCGCGAACAGCAAGAGCUCGGCUCCUCGGAUCAGUCCGAGGCGUCGAUUGCGAGUCACAUCGACGACGACUUGAUCCGAUGGAUAGCCAACAUGGCCGACGGCGAUGCACGCACAGCUCUCGGUGCGCUCGAACUCGCCCUCUCCACCACUGACCCCGGUCUUGACUCUGCAGACAACCUCGCGCGGCUCAAAACCGCCCUCAAACGCACCGCUCUGCAAUACGACCGAACCGGCGACAUGCAUUACGACACGAUCAGCGCGCUGCACAAGUCGAUUCGGGGCUCGGACGCCGACGCCGCUCUGUACUGGCUCGCUCGCAUGGUCUGCUCCGGGGAUGACCCUCUGUUCAUUGCGCGGCGUCUGAUCGUAGCAGCCUCGGAAGACGUCGACACGCUGCCAGCGCUGCAGAUGGCGACGGCCACAUACCAGGCUUGUCAGGUCGUCGGCUUACCUGAAUGCGGAGAGAACCUGGCGCAGUGUGUGGUAUUCCUUGCGGAGGCGCCGAAGAGCACGCGAUCGUAUCGCGCUUGGAAGAAGGCCAAGGCGCUCGUGGAGGGAGCGUACAAUCAUCCUGUUCCGCUGCAUAUCAGGAAUGCACCGACAAAGUUGAUGCGCGACAUUGGGUACGGCAAGGAGUACAGGUACGAGCCGAGGUUUGCGCACCCGGUGCACCAGGAGUACUUUCCGGAGCCACUUAGGGGAACGAGGUUCCUCUCGCCACCGCCGAUGGCUGCGUUGGACGAAGAGGAGCAGCCUGCUCAAGAGAAGCCAUUGGACGAGGCGGAGGGGAAGGCACAGCGGGCGGGAGAGGGAGACAGGAACGACUAUCACCACAGUAGCAUGCAGAGCCGCAUGGCGAGCAAAGCAGGCGUCGGCCCGGGGUCUUGUCAGCGCAUCUUUGAUCUGGGUGCUCGGUCGGUCGACCUGGACCUGCUGGAUGAGUGGGAGCAAGUACGCAACGGUGGCAGAGAAUGGACUGGUCGACAGAGGUUGAUGCGGUUGCUCGAGUCGCUCGAACAGAAGCCAGAAACAUGA